CAGCAAGACUACAGCAACUAACAACAACAACCAAGCUUACUUAGAACCUCAAACAACUACUCAACAAGCACCCACAAACACUAGCUUCUCUAGUGGCUUUUCUCUUAUUAAUCCUUUAACCUAUCUUACUAGCAA